CUUUAUCUGCAGCAACCAGAUCAAACAGAAAAAGAGGAAAGAAAGAACGAAACAUCACAGCAUUCUUCUUCUCCCUUCACCACCCACACCCCACCAAAGAUAGAAGAACCAAAAGAGAGAAAUAGCUAAGAAGAAGAAAAUUUUCAGUUCUGUUCUGACACAGACAUACAAUUUUCUCUAGAAUUCCUCACCUGGGUGUUGUUGUUCAUCUCUCUUCAAUCAAUCCAACCUCAUCAAGGUUCUCCACCCACCAUACCUUUUUCUUUCCUAAUCUUCCCCAACUCUGCUUGCUGGUAGUUCUAAUCCUGUUUCAUCAAAUUCCCCAAAGUCGUUUCCUUUUUCCCAAUUCUUCUUUCUUCUGGUUUUCUUGGUGUCAGUCACACUACCAUGCGAAGCUCUACUUCUUGCAUAAGGCCCCAAAUGUCUGAAGUCUAGACCUUUUUUCCGGAUCUGGGAAGUCUGAAUUGUUUGGAGUUAAGUGUGGGGCAAAAUCUGAGGCUUUGGGGAGUUGGGUUUAGCUCAGAGGACUGGUAGAUGUGAAGGGUCACUGUGAGUUUUGAUAGAUGGUGGUGGUUUCCAUUGACUUGGUAGUAUAGAGUGGAGGAGGUUUGUUAAAGCUAUGGGAUCUACUAACUUGAUGAAUUAUAAAGGGGAGUUCGAUUUGGAAGAUAGGCUGUUGAUUGAUCCUAAGCUGCUCUUUGUUGGACCAAAGAUUGGUGAAGGUGCUCAUGCCAAAGUUUAUGAGGGAAAGUAUAAGAAUCAAACUGUGGCAAUUAAAGUAGUUCAUAGAGGGGAAACACCAGAGGAGAUUGCCAAGAGAGAAGCACGGUUUGCCAGGGAGAUUGCAAUGUUAUCCAAAGUGCAGCACAAGAACCUGGUCAAGUUCCUUGGUGCUUGCAAAGAACCAGUCAUGGUGAUAGUAACUGAGCUUCUGCUAGGUGGGACGCUACGAAAGUACUUGCUGAACAUGCGGCCAAGGUGCUUGGAGAAGCAUGUUGCAAUUGGUUUCGCUCUCGAUAUUGCUCGUGCGAUGGAGUGCUUACACUCCCAUGGGAUCAUUCACCGUGAUCUUAAACCCGGUAUGUUAAAAUCACUUGCUGGUUGUAGUGGUUUUCUCCUGUCCUUGAAUCUCUGUAGUUUUUCUGAUCCCACACUUCUUUCUGUAGACAACUUGCUGUUGACAGCAGACCACAGAACAGUAAAACUUGCAGAUUUUGGUUUAGCAAGAGAAGAGUCAUUAACCGAGAUGAUGACUGCCGAAACAGGAACAUAUAGAUGGAUGGCCCCUGAGCUUUACAGCACGGUAACAUUAAGGCAUGGUGAGAAAAAGCACUAUAAUCACAAGGUGGAUGCUUAUAGUUUUGCAAUCGUAUUGUGGGAGCUUGUCCAUAACAAAUUACCUUUCGAAGGCAUGUCCAAUCUACAGGCAGCUUAUGCUGCUGCUUUCAAGAACGUUAGACCCAGUGCCGAAGACCUCCCCGAGGAGCUGGCCUUAAUAGUAACCUCAUGUUGGCAAGAGGAUGCAAAUGCCAGGCCGAACUUCUCCGAGAUCAUACAGAUGCUCCACCGAUACCUCACCACCGUAUCGCCAGCAGCACCUGUGAUCCCAGCUCGGAUGUAUUCAUCCGAGAACAAAGUCCUGGCCCCCGAUUCACCUGGCGAAAGCUCUCUAAUGGCUGCAAGAGAUGACCCAGGUGACACCCCCAAAACCCAGAAUGGAGAAGAAGAUGACAAGCCUAGUAGAGGCUUCUUCUUCUGCUGUUAAUGAUAUCGUGAAAUGAAAUCGCUCCAAAAAAGGCGCAACAUUUGAAGUAAUUUUGGAGUACAAAAAAAAAAGGUUUACAUCUUUGAUGACAGGAUUAUAAACCCCAAAAACAAACUUAGUUGUAGCAGCAGCAAUGGAGAAAGGGAGCUCUGGAAUGGUAGUCAUGGUGGAGAUCCCACUUUUUCCUUAAAAGUGAAUAUUAGCAGUUCUUUUUUGUCUGUUCUGAGUCAGAAAUAUUUUAUCAUCUCAUUCUCAUAUCCUCCUAUGUCUGGAAAAGGGAAGAAAGGAAGCAAAGUUUUGGGAUCAGGGGAGUGGAGGGUUGCACUUUGCUGGUAGUGGGGAGAGUGAUGCAUGAUUAUUAUUAACUCAAUUAAUCAAAUGUCUGUGUAAUAAGAAAAGGUUCCUCUAAGAAGGAACUUCUUUUCCUUCUUCUUCUUCCCAUUAUUGUUCGUGUUGUUCAUAGUUUGAUCUUCUGUUGGUGCUGUUGAAUGUUGAUAAUGAAGAAUGGAAUAGAAAGUAAC